UCUUAACGGGUCCCGAAAAUGUGUGCAUGUGCUUGUGCUUGUGUCCAGAGAAACCAGUACCGUUAACCAGCACGGAUGGCCUAGUGGUUAGGGUUGUUGACUCAAAGCCUCGAGUUCCAAUACCUGACAGGUCCCGAACUAUUGUACGCUUGGUAAAGGCACUUAAGCUAAUUCGUUUCUCACUCGACUCAUGCGAAAACAAAUUCCAUCGGAUAGGACGUCAAAUGGAGAGGUCUCGUGUUUUGAAGAGAGACAUAUUUGGGUACGUUAAAGAACCCACCAUACUUAAGGAAAGUGGUUGGGCACCAGUAUGAUUGGAUCAAAUAAAUUUGUCAAGAUAUGCAGCUUGUACUGUUUAGACGUUCAGUACAAACCUAGUGUGUUACGCCCUGUUUGUCGGAUAUUCGAUACAAACGAGCAAAGUAUAAAUUGUUCAACUUCGCGUUACCCGCUUGUAUUUCUUAAAACACAGACUUGUCGUUGACCGAGCCCAAGACACCAUGGCGAACCCAGAGACUGUUUUCAAGAAGCAUGACGUCAACGAUGACGGUAAAAUGAGCUCCAAAGAGCUGGAGACAGCGCUGAAAGAGCUGGAUGUGACGGCCAGUCCCCAUCUUCUUAAGGAAAUCAUGGCACAAUACGACAAGGACAAAAACGGCUUUUUGGAGUUCUCUGAGUUCAAGAAGGUCACUGCCGACCUGAAGGCGAUCCAGGCAGCUACUGUUGACGACACUUACGAAAUCUUCAAGAGCUUUGACAAGGAUGGAAGCGGCUUCAUAGAGCAAGCCGAGCUGAAGGAUGCGCUGGCGAUGAUGGGGAUAGGGAAUGACGAGAACACCAUCAAGGCCAUGAUGGUCGCUGCUGACACCAACAGGGACGGCAGGGUCAGCAUCAUCGAGUUCGCCAAGAUUGUCGGGCAUGGCAAGUAGGACAACAAGUAGCAGGGCGGUGUACAAAUGACCCUCUUAUACUUGAAUGUAAGUU